CCCCGAAUCAAAAUAUCGGAGCAGAGGAGCUCAAACAAAAACUAAAAAACAAGGGAAAAACACCUUGGCCAUGGCUGCGCACCUGAGUUCCGCUUGCUAUUACUCCUUCCCCGAAGCAUCCAGGAGAAGAAUAUGUAGAAGGUUCGCUCAGACGCUCACUGGAGCUGUAGCCUCUGGCGAUUACGCGGCGACGGCGGAGGAAGUGAAAGUGAAUUUGGGUGGUUCUGAUUUGAAGGUUUCGAAAAUCGGGAUCGGAGCUUGGUCAUGGGGUGAUACCAGUUACUGGAAUAACUUCCAGUGGGAUGAUAGGAAAUUGAAGGAUGCCAAGGCCGCGUUUGAUGCCAGCCUUGACAAUGGUUUAACUUUUAUUGAUACUGCUGAAGUUUACGGUUCAAGUCUUGCUUUGGGUGCUAUCAACUCCGAAACUCUAUUAGGAAGGUUCAUCAAAGAGAGAAAACAGAGGGAUCCAGGGGUUGAGGUUGAAGUUGCGACAAAGUUUGCAGCGCUACCAUGGAGAUUGGGUCGUCAGAGUGUAAUCACUGCUCUAAAAGAUUCCCUCUCUCGGCUCGGGCUUUCUUCAGUAGAUCUCUAUCAGCUCCACUGGCCUGGAGUAUGGGGAAAUGAAGGCUAUCUCGAUGGUCUUGGGGAUGCUGUUGAACAGGGACUCGUGAAGGCUGUUGGUGUUUCUAACUACAGCGAGAAGCGCCUCCGCAAUGCUUAUGAGAGACUUAAGAAGAGAGGAAUUACUCUGGCAUCAAAUCAAGUCAAUUACAGCCUAAUAUAUAGGAAACCGGAGCAGAACGGAGUAAAGUCUGCCUGUGAUGAGCUUGGAAUCACUCUGAUUGCAUACUCUCCCAUUGCUCAAGGUGCCCUUACUGGGAAAUACACCCCAGAAAACCCUCCCUCUGGUCCUCGGGGCCGAAUUUAUACUCCUGAAUUUUUAACCAAGCUCCAACCCCUAUUGAAUAGAAUCAAACAAAUAGGUGAAAACUAUGGCAAAACUCCCACCCAGGUAGUGCUGAACUGGUUGGUAGCUCAAGGGAAUGUUGUGCCCAUCCCAGGAGCCAAAAACGCAGAACAAGCAACAGAAUUCUCAGGAGCCCUCGGGUGGAGUCUUACACCUGAUGAGGUGAGAGAGCUUAGGUCUAUGGCCUCUGAGAUAAGCCCCACCGUUGGAUUUCCUGUUGAGAAUUUCUGAAAAAACUAUCAAUUAGGAACAAUUUUACACCCUUUUUUUAAGAUAUGUUGGGGACAUGCAGUAAAUGCAAUACAUGGAAAUGUAAAGCUUUUGUAGAAUUUCCAAAAUGUACUAUCCUUUUCAGAUUUGUAAAACCAAAUCAAGAGAAUAACACAUAAUUCUGAAUAUCUUUUGCUU